AUGUUCUCGAUAAAACGACUCCGUUCGCGGAUGAAUACAAAAGUGUAUUAUGGCUUGAGGUGUGGAGCGAAAACUUUGACCUUCCUGUUUUGGGCAACAUUAUACGUCGUUGUUAUGAAAAUGACUCUAUUGAAGAGCAACACAAGCCCCCCAGUGAAGGAUUCAAUAAUACUUGACAAUUACACUAAGUGGCUUUUACAGGGACCUGUUUUGGGUGAUGACGUCGAAGGAGAUACCUCCGACUGGAAAGAUCCAGAUAAUGCGACGCUUAUUGAAUUAGAAAAUAGAUCUCUAAGGGUCCAAGAGGCUUGCCGGAAAUAUUCACUUCAGUCGCAGCCAAUAAAUAGUAAGGAAUUCUUCGUGGAUCACGAACAUAACCUUGUAUGGUGUAAUAUAUUUAAAGCUGCAAGCUCUUCUUGGUUGUACAAGUUUAAUAUUUUAGGUGGUUAUGAAAAGAAAUUUUUAUCGCGUAGUCGAUAUACACCUCUAACAUUGGCGCGACGAAAGUUUCCCAGACCGAGUGAAGACGAAUUGAGGGAUGCAAUAAAUACGCCUGGCGUAAUAUCCUUAUUAGUAGUGCGGGAACCAUUCGUGAGACUUCUAUCCGCCUACAGAGACAAACUGGAGAACAUCUCACCGCCAUUUUAUAGGAAGCUGGCUAGAACAAUCGUCACAGAGCAUAGAGACGCAGCGUCAAAAAUUUUGGGGAACAUCAAAAGUUUCGGACCAACAUUCUACGAGUUUGUUGCUUAUUUAAUAUCUAAACAGAAGUCAAAAACCAUAUCCUUCGACGAACAUUGGGCGCCAUAUUAUGAAUUCUGCUCUCCUUGCGCUAUAAACUUCACUGUCAUAUCUAAAGUCGAAACACUGUCAAUGGACUCUUCAUAUGUCAUCCAACAACUCGGUCUAGGACAUUUAUUGAGCCCGCGAGUGAAAGACAGACGCACACGACUACGCACAGUAAUGAAUAAAUCACGGGAUGGUAAAAACACUUCUGCACUACUUAGGUAUUAUUUCGGGCAAAUUGAUAAACAGAUGCUCAAAGAUUUAUUAGACAUUUACGGUAUUGACUUUGAUAUGUUCGGUUACGAUUCAGAUGUUUAUAAUAAGUAUGUAAGAAAAUAA